CUAACACGGAUCAGUUUUAUACAGAAAUGAAUGACAUACUGUAAGAAGCCCAACUUUUCUUGACAUCAAGCUGGCAACAUCCUUUCCUCUGAUGUUUGUUCUGUUCUUCCUGUCUCAGCCAGUAAGAAAGACAGACACAUGAGUCCUAAAGCUGCAAGGAACUGAAUUCUGCCAACAAUCUCCAUUGGCUUGGAAGAGGAUCCCAACUCAGAUGAGAUUCCAGACUCAACUGACGUCUUGAUUUCAACCUUGAACAGAACACCCAGCUCACCUGACUCAAACACUGGAGAAGCAGGAAAGGCAUAGAAAAUGACAAAUGUGAGCCUCGUCACAACAUUCUUCCUCAUGGGGCUUCCCCAUGCACCAGCACUGGACAUCCCCCUCUUGGGAAUCUUCUUGGUGAUUUAUGUACUCACUGGGGUGGGGAACCUCCUCAUCCUGCUGGUGAUCAAGGCGGAUUCCCACCUCCACACCCCAGUGUACUACUUCCUGACCAACCUGUCCUUCAUUGACAUGUGGUUCUCCACGGUCACUGUGCCCCAAAUGCUGAUGACCUUGGUGUCCCCAGGAGGCAGGGCGAUCUCCUUUCAUAGCUGUGUGGCCCAGCUCUACUGCUUCCACUUUCUGGGGAGCACCGAGUGUUUCCUCUACACAGUCAUGUCCUCUGACCGCUACCUGGCCAUCAGUCACCCGCUCAGGUACGCCAGCACGAUGAGUGGGAGGACGUGUGCCCUCCUGGCCACCAGCACGUGGCUCAGUGGCUCUCUGCACUCUGCUGUGCAGACCACGCUGACAUUCCGUUUGCCCUCCUGUGGGCCCAGCCAGAUCCAGCAUUACUUCUGCGAUGCCCUUCCCCUCCUCAAGCUGGCCUGCGCGGACACCUCCGUGAAUGGGAUGGUGAUCUUCGUCAAUAUUGGGGUUGUGGCCGUGGGUUGCUUUCUCCUGAUGGUGCUGGCCUGUGUGUCCAUCCUCUGUUCCACCCUGAAGAUCCGCGCCCCAGAGGGGAGCCACAGAGCCUUUCAGACCUGCGUCUCCCACUGCACUGCGCUCCUUUGUUUCUUUGUUCCCUGUGUUUUCAUUUACCCGAGGCCAGGCUCCCGGGAUGCUGUGGCUGGGCUUGUGGCAGUUUUCUACACGGCGCUGACACCCCUUCUAAGCCCUGUGGUGUACACCCUGAGGAACAAGGAAGUGAAGAAAGCUCUGUGGAAGCUUAUAGACAUAGUAACAUAUUCCCAGAGCAAAUAA